GAGAUAGCACCAGCACGCCACACAUCGAGUAGGAAAAAAGAAUCCCCAUCAUUAUCUAUCUUCUUCCUCCAUCUUCUCAAAAUCCUCCAUCACACAACGGCUUCCAUGGAGCAGCUGCGAGGCGUCUGGGUCUAGGACACGGCCGCUCGAUGCUGACCAAGCGAGGCGACGAUGGCGUGGAGGCGGCUGGCCAGCGGCACGGCGGCGACGCAUCUCCGGCGGGGCGUCUCCUCCCCGCCAUUCGCUGCCCCCUCCCGCGCCUUCUCCGCCGCCAACCCUACCCUUCUCGGCAGGAAAGCGCUGCAGGGCAUUCGGUCGCGGUGUUCGAGAUCGGCCCCCGCGUUUCAAGCUGGCGCCCCCGGGCUGGGAGCUCUGCUGGCGACCAGGGUGUCUUCCGGAGCUCGUCCGAAGCUGCCAGGUCUCCUGAAGGCAUUUGGGACAGGCGGCUCCGCCAUUGCUGUGAUGAUUUAUCCAAGAGAGGUUGCUCAGGCAGCAGUCGGCGCUGCAUCGGCACAAUUGGUGCAGAGCGGCCGGACCUCCUCAAAUCCAGUUCUGUAAAUGGCGCAGAAACCAUGGGUCCAAGUCAAGUGGUGUCUUUAUUGACCUGUAUCGACUGCAUGGCGCAUCUGUUCUGUGAACACAGUCUGUUGUUAUGUAUGUGAUGAUGGAACUGCUGAUUUUUGACCCGAGGCACGGAUGAUAGCUGAAGCAUAAAACAUAAUUUUUUUCUGCCCAUUUUCUUGUAUUGAAGUACAUGGAAGGUCUACAGUUUAUAUUGAUAUUCCUGUUCUUGU